UUAACAUCUACGGUGUGAAAGGCCCAUAAAGCAAUGAAAACAAAAUUCACUUCGGAAAGAGUCAUAAAGGAAAAGACGCCGACCUAUAUACGAGUGUUAUGUAUGUCGGAAGGUUAUUUUAGUGUUUCACGAGCGCACGCACCAAGGUCUUCCUUCGCCACGGUUAGCCGGUUAGUGUCAGUGUAAACAUUGUAGAGAGCGUACGUAUUUUCUGCAAACCCACUUUUAAUCGACUAAAAGCUUUAUUGCGGCCGUGUUUAUUACAAUAAGGAGUUAAACCUUUGUUAUAACGAGUGAUAUGAAUUCGUUAUUAAAUUGCGUGUCUCAAUGAUGAAGUCAUCGGCCAUUCGCGAGGGUCGACCGGUGUUCCCUUUCGCGUAGUUCGCUUGUUUUGAAUGAGACGGACGAAUUAGAAAAAUCGCAGCUGGUCUAGACAGUGUUUUGUUUAGCAAGCUUUAAUUUGUGGCGUGGUCGUAGUUUAAAUAGUAGCGUGGUUAUUCAGAAUGCCGGCGCUUCGUCUUCUGGGGCGACGAUGGAUGUUUGCCUCAGACGAUCUAGUGUUCCCCUCCAUCUUGGAAAUACCAUACAGACUGACAUGGCUGCUGCUCCUGUCGCUCGUGCUGCGAGACAGCGGCUCCUUCGAUUGCAGGGAGACAUCGUACGCGCAGCUGUUCGUUGAUGGAUGCCUCAUGAUACAGGUUGUGGAAAUCCUGCUUCUGGUAGCCACUGCGGUACACUCCGCGCGAGGCUCUCUCACAAACGAAGAGCCCCGGAGAUACGUCGGGCAUCUACUGAUUUGCAAAUUGUUCUUCCUGAUAGUGGAGAUGGGAUUACUCGUUAUGGGUAAUAUUUGGGUAAUAAUUGGAUCAGUCGAUUGCCAAGUAUCUGGGUUCACCAAGACGAUUUUACAAUGUAUAGUCAUACUGUCAUGGAUACCAAUGGCUUUAAUGGCACUGGCAGUGUACUUUGCCUACGACCCAUUAGGGACUCUGAAGUACGAAGAUCUGCAGACCCCAGAAGAGAGGGACUACUACCAUAAGAAGUUCACAGAAAUAUGGGAGAGCAGGCUUCGGUGGACGUUUUGGUAUUUUAAAGACAGCAAGAUGAAGGAAGCAAUCAGCGAAAUGGCAUCGCUUCUAAGUAUACUGUUCAGAUCAUCAGAUCUGGUUCUCUACGACUUGAUUGCCGGGUCCAUACUUCUACGCGUCCGUCAGAAACGCGAGUCGAGGAUCAAGAAAGCCACCCAGCCUGCUGAUGCUGAGACAGUCACUGAAGAGAACGAGUAUACCACAGAUAUGCGAAAGAUCUGCGCCGACGUACCGGCCUGGAUGACGGUAGAGGAGGCUCAGCAUUACUUGAAGUAUGCUACAGCGGCGUAUGGCGGACUCUAUGUGCUGUAUAGAUACUACUGUGCUGGGUUUUGCUUCCUACUUCCGUAUUUGAGAUGCUGUUGUUGGAGGCCGCGACAUGUCAAGGGUGACAACUGCUGCAUGUGCAACUACGCAGGGCUCAAGUACAUGUCCGAUGUCGCCGACAAAGACUUCCUCUUCGUUUCCUUCGAGAACCACAUAUUUGAAGUGCCUUUCUACGUAAUUGCUGAGCACGAACGUAGGUGCAUCGUGGUGACCGUCCGAGGGUCCAUUUCGAUUCCUGACAUGUUCACAGACUUAGCCGCCCCUGCGCAUGCGUUUCAAGCCGAAGGUCUACCAGAAGGUUCCCUGGCUCAUAAAGGCAUGGCAUUGGGCACUGAGAAGACCCUAGAACGACUCGCACCAAUUUUGGAAAGAGCGUUUGCUGAGUAUCCCGACUAUGAACUAGUGAUAACAGGUCACAGUUUGGGAGCUGCAAUAUCUACUUUACUUGGUAUCAAGUUAAAACCAAAAUAUCCCCAUCUCAAAGUAUUUGCAUUUUCAACACCGUCGGGCUUACUAAGUCGUGAUGCUGCACGGUACACCGAGGGUUUCGUUAUGACGGUAGGCGUCGGUGAUGACCUGGUGAUGAGGAUCAGUCUCAAGAGCGCGCAGAUGUUCCGCGACCGGCUUUUAGAGACCAUGCACGCUACCAACUUACCUAAGUACCGGAUAUUGCUGAAAGGACUGCGCUAUAUGUUCUUCACGAUACCUGAGACGGAUCUGAACACUGUCUUCAGUGCACCGACGGAUGACAUCGAGGCGAACUUAAUCGGUCCAACUAGAUUAGUGAGAAGUGUUUCAUACGACAUAGAACGAAUGUACAUCGCGGGACGCAUUCUUCACAUUGUGCCUCACAAACCAGCCGGUAUAGACAGAAGUGCCCUGGACCGUGAGCCAAAGUACAAACUCCGGUGGGCAAACGCCGAAGACUUCGCGGAACUAGUGGUAACACCGAGCAUGCUAGUCGACCACAUGCCCGAGAACGUUCUGGAGCCCUUGCAAUCGAUUUGUAGCGCCAGAUUAAAUAAUAUUAUGUAGAUAAGCGUAAUCAAGUAUUGUUACAGUUCUCGCCAGUGAUUGGCGAUAUUGUAAAUAACAAACACUGAAGAUUUUUUUUUUCAUUGUGGUGGCAAUUUAAGUCGGCCAUAUUUAUUUGCAAUAUUGCUAUCUUAUAUUGGCGUGAACGUUCUGAUACGUUCUGAUCUUAACAGUUCAGAUGAAGUAACAGCGGGGUACUCACUAAAAAGUUGUCCGUAUUUUCGGAUCUUGAUACCUUUUUCUCAAAGCAAGUCAAGCAAGAGCGACUAACAACAAAUUGGGAAAUACGGAAACGACAUAGCCCCGCAAUUUUUACUGAAGUAGCAUAGAAAGAGACGGAGUUUUAAAAACUUAAACUCUUAAAGCGUCUGUAACACAACAAACUUAAUCUAGAGUUUAUUCACUAUUAAGUGCCUAUGGUGUCUCACUCAAUACGGAGAAACGAUCUAUUUGUUGAAAAUGUAUAAAUAUGUCCUAGAUGAAAAACGUAUGAUGUGAUAUUUUUUUACAAUGCAAUAGAAUGUAAGUGCAAUAAGUGUUACAUAAUAAUUAUGUCGAUUUAAUUUUUUACUAGAAAUAAUAAACGGUGCAAAACUAUUUGAGAAGAUAGCAUUUAUAGAUUAUAUUGAAUUCCUAACAUAUUUUUUACAUGACAAGCAUGAUACAGCGGUAACUCAUCAGAAUGUUUCAACAUUGUUGUUGUUAAACCUCAUUUAUUAUAACUACAAAAAAACCACAUGUUUUACUUCGUAUUCCUCCGACUGUACUUAUGUACUACCUACUUAAAACCCUUGAAUACCUACUUGACUAAAAGUGAUUUAUGAUAAGUUAAUGCAUUGUUAAAAGUUUCACUUGCAUGAAGUUCAUUUACAAUAUACUCAAUUAUUUGUAAAUAAAUUAUGUUGGUAUAUGAACAUCCCAGUACAACUAAGCGUAAUAUUUUUUGUUAUUUAUACGUAUGCAUACGUAUUGUGUUUUAUAAAUAAGUAUUUAUUAUUGUUAGCAUUUUUUUCGUUUCAAUUGCUUCCAUUUACUUAAGUAUGAGUGACUGAAGUGAAUUUUUAAAAGUCUAAUGCCCGUUUUCACCAUCAAUCCCUAACUUUUAAGUGACCCCUAUGGUAACACAUAACAGGAUUUUUGUUUUCACUUAAAAAAUAGGGAUUGAUGGUGAAAACGGGCAUAAUUCUCAUUGCUGAACGCAGGCAUACCUACUUGGUAAAUUGUAUGUGUAUUUCUUAUGUCAUUGGAGAAUAGUUGGUCCUUAUAUUCAUUAUUAUAUGUGAAACGUAUAUUUUUAUUGAUGUAUGGACAACUUCUUACGAUCCAGCACUCGAAAUAAUAAAACAUUAUAAGAGAGAAUA